GGCAUAUGCUGAACGCUGUUAGAAUAGAACAGCCCACUGCGUAGCUCCGGAAGACGCUAUAGCAGAAAAGGCCUACUUUUAUAUCAGAGAAAGCGGUAGCGGAUCCAAAAACGUGUUGAACUGUAUUCUAGAUUUACAUUUACUGCGGUUAUUUGAUCAUUGCGGAUUUGAAAAGCACAUCUCAACGGGGUUUGUGCUACUCAUAUUUCCGAGGUUUCUUGCUUUUUUAAUUUGUCCAUCAUCAAGGAAUGCCCAGAGAGCUGACUCAGAACAGGAUCCAAAAGAUCUGGAUUCCUUCAAAGGAUGAUAAACCGGCCGUCCCCCGCAGAUCGACUGGGGGCCCCCACUUGGCCAACCCCCCCACAGUGAUUGUGAUGGUUGGCUUACCAGCCAGGGGAAAGACCUACAUAUCAAAGAAACUCACCCGCUACCUCAACUGGAUUGGCAUGCCCACCAAAGUUUUUAAUGUAGGAGAGUAUCGCAGAGAAGCAGUCAAGAACUACAGCUCCUAUGACUUCUUCAAGGCUGACAAUGAGAGUGCUGUGAAAAUCAGACAACAGUGCGCCUUAGCAGCACUGAGAGACGUCAAGUCUUACCUGACUGAGGAAGGAGGCCAGGUUGCAGUAUUUGAUGCAACCAACACUACUCGUACCAGACGAGAAAUGAUCCUGGACUUUGGUAGUGAGAAUCACUUCAAGAUCUUCUUCAUCGAGUCGGUGUGUGACGAUCCCAGUGUCAUCGCGACAAAUAUCAUGGAAGUAAAAGUGUCUUGUCCGGACUACCAAGACUGCAACAAGACAGACGCGAUGGAAGACUUCCAUAAGAGGAUAGAGUGUUACAGGGCUCACUACCAACCCCUGGACCCAGACCAGUAUGAUAGGAGCCUGUCCUUCAUCAAGGUGAUUGAUGUGGGCAGGAGAUUCCUGGUGAACCGCAUUCAGGACCACAUCCAGAGUAAGAUCGUUUACUACCUGAUGAACAUCCACGUCCAGCCCAGGGCCAUCUACCUGUGUCGUCAUGGAGAGAGCAUGUACAACCUUCAGGGACGACUGGGUGGAGACUCGGGGCUGUCACCGCGGGGGAGGAAGUUCGCCGUGUCAAUGUCGCGGUUCGUGGAGGAGCAGGACCUGACUGGCCUGAAGGUGUGGACCAGUCAGAUGUGUAGCAGCAUCCAGACAGCUGAGAGCCUGGGUGUGCCCUACGAACAGUGGAAGGCCCUCAACGAGAUAGACGCUGGAGUGUGCGAGGACAUGACGUACGAUGAGGUGAAGGAAAAGUACCCUGAGGAAUUCGCCCUUAGAGACCAGGACAAAUACUAUUACCGUUACCCAGCGGGAGAGUCGUACCAGGACCUGGUUCAGCGUGUGGAGCCGGUCAUCAUGGAACUGGAGAGGCAGGAGAACGUUCUGGUCAUCUGUCACCAGGCUGUGAUGCGUUGUCUGCUAGCUUACUUCCUGGAUAAGAGUGCAGAAGAGAUGCCCUACCUGAAGUGUCCCCUCCACACCGUGCUGAAGCUCACCCCCCUGGCGUACGGCUGCAAGGUGGAGUCCAUCUCGCUCAACGUGGAGGCAGUGAACACCCACAGAGAGAGGCCUGAGGAGAUGAAGAAGUGUCCUGGGACUCUCAGCAGAAGGAACAGUGUGACCCCCCUGACCAGCCCCGAGCCAAACAUCAAGAAGCCCCGCAUCGAUGACCUGGACACACCCCUCCAAGAGCUGCCCCCCUCACCUCUGUCCCUCUGCACCUCCUCGCACCUCACCAUGGCUGGACAACAUUGGCUGAGCAAAGUCUGCCUGCCGCCAUCCAUUGUCACUGUACUCCACUGUCUGAAACUGGUCUCCCUUUUAGUGUUUCAAAGAACUUGAAGAGAAAAUCCAGCAACUGCCAUGAGAUCCUGCAGCACUGCCAAUGAGAUUGACCCACCUCGACAUAUGAUCCAAGACUCCACGAAGUUUCAACAAUGUCAAAAAAAGGGGCUCUGUUGUUUCCCCCAACAUCCUCUUUCUAGACAUCACAAGGCCCUCAUGUUCUCUGUUCUGAGUGUGUAGACUCUGGGAAACAAAUGGAGAUACCACACAUAUAGUAUUAUACUUUAGUGAGAGAAAACCAAAGCAUCAACCAAUCAAUUUUCUACAUAAUCAAGUAAAACCUCAGGCAGGCUACUGUCUUAUUUAUGCCGUGAUUGGUUUUGACUGGGUUUGUAGAGAAGGAAGGACUAACAUUUCACCAUAGCCCUGCAUUCCCUUCUGGUUCCUCCAUCAACAAUGACAUCUCAUUCUGAAAUAGUUUUUUUGUUGCUGAUGAUGUCACUAAUAAUCUAUUGGUACAGUGGAUAUCCUGAGGAAAUAUGAUGAUUUGCUGUGAGAGGAUAUCUGGCCACUCAGUAUGGCGUUCCUCAGAGAGCCUGAACCAGACUAAAGAUUUAAGCUCUCCCUAAACAACAUCCUGGAACAUGAGUGAUGAACUAUGUACCUAUGGUUACAUGUCUUUUAAAAACAGGUGGAAUCAUAAAAAUUUUCCCAUAGGGAAGCCUCUUAAAUAAUGACUAAGCAAAUAACGUGUAUCACACUCCGACUCAUUGUGGUUGAGUACAUUGUCACUUUCUGUAUUUAAUUUUUUAUUAAGAUUUCUGUAUCAUGAUGUUACUCAAAGGAUGUUAAAUUGACACAUUUGUGCUCAUGUGCUAUGAAAUGAAUGAUUACUUUGCACAGCAGAGAUGAGAUUCUUGUUGACUUGUCUGUUUCAAUGUUUCUACAGACACAACUGUCUCUUGACCUAGAGUGCCUAGUGCUUGGCCUUCAAGACCAAUGCUGCUUUGGUACCCAUAAGCAGUACCUGUUCUUAGCUGUCCAUAGAAAGGCAGACGGAUGCUAUUUUCACAGUGCAUACAGUACAGCAUUUCUAUAACUUCAUUCACAUUUCUUUCUAAGUCAGACGCUAACAUGUGUGAGCACUUCUAUUUUUGUUAUGAAAAUGUUCUGUAAAUCAAGACUAGCCUUUGUUUAUAUAUGUAAAUAUGAGAUUUGAAGGAUUUUUCAGUGUUUGGAAUGUUAAUAAUAACCCUAAUCAUUUAUAAAGUGAAUUUGUAGAUGCUCUUUUGUACUGCUGUCUGGCUAAUUCAUUCUUAAUUGUACUUAGUGUACUGCUGUAUAUCAUGACAGCAGGACUACCUUCUUUGGUUGCUUCUGAUACUUGAAUCUUGUUUGUUAAAAUGUUUUGUUAUACUAUUUAUUUAUUUGUAUGUAGAUAUUGAUGAUUGUUUUGAGCUGUUUGCACCUUGUCUUGUCUGAGUAUUGUGUAGGACCUGAAUAUGACACUGAAGUUUCUGCGAGAAAGAAAACAUGUAUUUUUGCAUUUACCUGCCCAAUAAAUCUCCAGGAAAACAAA